GAAAGGAUCCGUCAAAUCGUUUGCUUUCUAGAACAGUAAUAACAUCGUUUGCAUGUUGUGAUUAUCCAAAAAUCAAAAGCAAUAAAAUCCAAUUUGGAGCCGAGCACAGAUCAAGUUAUUCGCGGGCGCAAUUGAAAAAAAAAAAUUAUAAAAUCCAACAAAACAGAAGAUUGUUUUUUUGUGAACAGAGGAGUGCGAUAUGUCGAACUUUUACAAGAUGAAGAACUUUGCCAAUCCCAAGACAAUGUUCAAGUCGUGCUCCAACAACGAUGAUUUCUCCACAGCGCCGGUGCAAAGCUGCACCACCUCUGGCCCUACCUCUGUCUCUGUUACUGCAUCUGUCUCUGUCUCUGUUACUGCCACCCCUCCGCCACCGAGAAGUCCAACGAAUCUGGCCACAGUAACAGCAGUGCUAGCUGCAAAAGCAUACUCAAUGCGUCGGUAUGCUGCAGCGGCGAGAGUUCUCCAUGUUCUCCUAGUGAUUCUGUAAUGGUUGAACCAUUGGCCAGCGAUUUGAGUGCAGACGAGCAAGAGGACAAGAGCAAUGAGGACAGCGAUGGGAAUGUGCAAUCGGUAUCCAAGGAGCCGCAUCAUCCGUUGCACAGCGAGUGGACGCUGUGGUAUUUGGAGCCGGAUCGCAGCAAGAGCUGGGAGGAGAUGCUGCACGAGGUGGCCAGCUUCAAGACGGUGGAAAACUUUUGGAGCUUAAUCAAUCACAUCAAGACACCGUCGGAGAUCAAAAUGGGCAGCGACUAUUGUCUGUUCAAGAAGGGCAUACGACCGAUGUGGGAGGAUGAGGCGAAUGUUAAGGGCGGGCGUUGGGUGAUCACACUCAACAAGACCAAUAAGAAUGAUUUGGAUAAUUUUUGGCUGGACACAAUGCUGGUGCUCAUCGGCGAGAGCUGUGACUAUUCGGCUGAACUGUGCGGCGCCGUCGUCAACAUACGCAAAAAGAACAAUAAGAUCUCGAUUUGGACAGCGAAUGGGAAUAAUGAGGAGGCUGCCUUGGAGAUUGGUGGCAAAUUACGCGAUGGUCUACGCAUGGAGAGCGCCUAUGUGCUUCAGUAUCAACUGCACGAAGAUACAAUGUCCCAGCAGGGUUCCUUGAUCAAAACCAUAUACACACGUUAGGGGGGAGAAGAAUUUUAACUCCGAGCCGAAACAAUUCAACCAAGUCCCUAAUGUCCCCCCACUCUACAGCAACUACACCAAAAAAAAGAACACAAAAUCUAUUUUAAUUCAAUCGAAUCGAGUUUAUAAUACACACAAACACCCACACACACACA